AGCUCCUUCACUGGGUGAGAUUUUUCUCCUUGGGAGACACCAGGAUGCGGUUCCCUCUGGUUCUCUCCAUGACCGUGGCUCUCUGCCUCGUGUCCCUGUUUUCUGGUGGCUUCGUACACCCCAUGGACCCUGCCUGGCUCACGACAGGAGCCUCUCUGGAAGACCUGAGGCAGCUGCUGAGUGUUGCAAAGAGCACCUUCCUCAGCUGGCUUGGCAUCACUCCUCUUCACAAACCCUACGGCUUGAUUGGGAUGGAUGUUGCUCCUGAGGACCUGAAGCCAGCUGAGAGCAGCUUUGCUGAAUGCCACACAGACAUGUGCCUUCCCAACCACAAAACCUGUGACAAUGUCGGGAUGGACUUCACUCCUGAGAACAUGAAGCGAGCACCCGUCACUCUUGAGAUCACCUCUGCUGAAUGCCCCAGAAGCAUUGGCCAUCCCAGCCUCAAAACCGGUGACAAUGUGGGGAUGGACUUUGCUCCUGAGGACCUGAAGCAAGCACCCGUUGCUUUUGAGAUCACCUUUGCUGAAUCCCCCAGAAGCAUUGCCUUUCCCAACUCCAAAACCUGUGACAAUGUCAGGAUGGACGUUGCCCCUGAGGACCUGAAGCAAGCACCCAUUGCUGCUGAGAGCACAGUCACCAUAGCCCCUGGCAGCAUCGCCCUUCGUUCCCCCCCAACCUGGAUCAGCACCCUGAUGGACAGCAUUCCCAAGGGCCUGAAGCAACUUGCAGUUGUCACACAGAGCAUGGCCUCCAACCUGCCCUGCCACCUGAGCCACCUUUGGGACUACCUUGUCCAGGUGGACAGGGCAGAGCUGCUCCGCAGGACCCUGUGGUUCAUGGGGCCACCCUGUGUCACCCACAUGGCCUUUCGCUUCUGGAGGCACCUGCAGACCCCCACAGAGAGGCAGGUUGCUGGGAGGAGGGCACCUUCAGCCAUUAGGAACUGACCACCUGAGACUUUUCUGCUUCCACUGCCUGAAACAUCUCUGGCAGCAGCUCCCCAAGAAUCAUAGAAUUGCUCAGGCUGGAAAAGACUUUGAGGACCAUGAAGUCCAGCCUCAUGUGAAUAGAAGAUCAUGCCAAAAAGACAAGAACUUUCUCCACCUCCCCAUCCCUCUGCCCCUGUUUUGUUCUGUUAGCACGUGUCCUUCAGUACCAAGGGGAUCCAGGGCAGCCACAACAUGAAAUCCCACGGUGUGAGCCAGACUGCU